AAACGGAACAACUGUGGGGCUGGGCCAAACACAAUUUGACAAGAAGCGACUCCCUGUUAGAAAAGGUAAACUGUUUCAGUUGGUUAUAUGAUACAAAGAUUGAUAACCCUGGAGCCCAAAAAGAGACAAAAGCCUUCAAGAACGUCCUCCAACGAAGCGACGAGGCGGUCCUUUGUAAAUCUCCUUGUUCCGUGUGAAAACUUUACCGGUUUCGGGUGCAAAGUUUCAAACCGUCUGCAAACAACGGAGCUCAAGACUAAGCGGUCCCGUGUUUCAAUUUCCUGUUUUUUCAGCUCCUUUGUUUCCGUGCUUUAAAUCGCGGAUUCGGAAGUAAGGCAACCUAAGGAGUGUUUUUUUCCCGAAGAACUCAUUAUACAUUUACAGCGACACAUUGUAAUAUUUCAAAGGAGCAGGCAGCCACACAGAUAGAGUACAAUAAGUCCAAGUAGCCCCAGGCAAUUGAUAGUCACCGCAUUUUGCUUGAUUCUGAAUGAUUCUGUUGGUCUGUGAGUAUAUUUGCUGUUAUUAUUAUAUCGCGUUAUUGUUACUGUAACAAUAUACGUAUUUUAAACUGGAAUUACAGUCGCCUGAGUGAAUCUUUUUUGCUAUUGUUAUUAUUAUUCACACAUGCAAAACAAAAGAUUGAUACGGUUGGGGGGCUGUAGUACUCAUUUAUUUAUAGUUCGUUUGUCUUGGUAAUGUGUCCUCGUCUAGGUUUGAUUUGCUGAUCUAUAGUAUUUUUUUAUAGCAUACUUUAUAUACAUUCAGGUAAAAUGGCUUUUGAGCCUGACCGGGUACGGCUGCUGUGUAUGAUGUCAUUGACAUUUGGGUUUUUCAUUGUAGAGGUUGUGGUCAGUCGUAUAACCUCUUCUUUGGCUAUGCUUUCGGACUCUUUUCAUAUGCUAUCAGAUGUAAUUGCUUUAGUAGUGGCUUUUGUGGCUGUUCGUUUUGCUGAGAAAACACAGUCUACCAGCAAAAACACCUUCGGGUGGAUUCGUGCCGAAGUGAUGGGUGCCCUGGUGAACGCUGUGUUCCUGACUGCUCUCUGUUUCACCAUCAUACUGGAAGCUAUCGAGCGUUUCACUGAGCCGCAAGAAAUUGAGAACCCGCUGAUGGUUAUCUGGGUAGGCGCUGGGGGUCUCCUGGUCAACCUGUUUGGUCUCUGUAUGUUUCAUGGACACUCGGGGGGCGGACACGGGCAUUCCCACGGUGGUGGUCAUGGACACUCUCACGGAAAUAAGAAAAACAAAAGAAACAAAAUAUGCAAGUCCGAAACCCCGUCAGGGAACGGGUCGUCUGUGGAGGAGACCAAUAACCUGGUAGGACACUGCAACAGCCCCAAAAUAAUUAAUUCUGACAGACCUGAAAGACAUGAUCUGCUGCAAGAAAACAGUUUGGAUAGCCACAUCAACAGGAACACUCGCUACGAUGAACUGGAUCACACUGAUGAGUCCGCUUCGCAGCUCAACAUGCGUGGCGUCUUCCUGCACGUCCUGGGGGAUGCCCUUGGCUCAGUCAUUGUGGUGCUGAAUGCCAUCAUCUUCACUUUUGUGUGGCAGCCCUGUGUUGAAGGAGAGCCAUGUGUCAAACCAUGUGUGGACAGCCACUGCAUGGACCAUAUCCACAUCAACCAUACGCUGGUGAGCGCGCUGAGGAACGGCACCCAGGCUAUUACCAGUGCAGGGCCCUGUUGGGUCCUCUACUUGGAUCCCACUCUCUGCAUCAUCAUGGUGUGCAUUUUGCUGUACACCACAUACCCACUUCUGAAAGAGUCAGCCCUCAUCCUGCUUCAGACGGUGCCCAAGCAGAUCGACAUGCAGCGACUGAAUGAAAAGCUGCGCAGCGUGGAGGGCAUACUGGCUGUUCAUGAGCUGCACAUCUGGCAGCUGGCAGGUAGCCGCAUCAUUGCUACAGCCCAUAUCAAGUGCCAUGACCCCACCUCCUACAUGGAUGUGGCCAAGCGCAUCAAGGAUUUUUUCCACAAUGAGGGUAUCCACGCCACCACCAUCCAGCCAGAGUUUGUCACUGUCAACUCGGAAUCCCGUAUCUCUCUAUGCGAGCUCUCCUGCCGGACCCAGUGCGCCCCUAAGCUGUGCUGUGGCAAUGGAGACAAGCCUGAGAUAAAGGCCACGGAGAAGGCCAUGGGAUUGCCCAUCUCCUGCCUGGAGGUCAUCGUUGAGUCUCCAGAGGACAGGGGCAGGGAACAGCCUCCUGUUGAGGUGGAAAUCCAAGUGGGUGCAAGGUCAGAUGGAGAAGUAGUCCAGAGGGAGGUAGAGUCAUCUUUGUAAAGCAGCCAAAUUGGGUGGGGGAGUUAAUAGGGGAGGGGGUGUCAUUGUGCACUGUAGUUAUCUCAAAUAAACACAGAGGGUAAGGGAUGUGGGGGGUGGGUUAUGAAGGGUGAAAUUUGAUUUUAAUUCCAGCAAAUAUGUUUGCUUGAUAACUUUGCAGCCCCUCUUGUUAAAUCCCUGUUUUCUCAAUAGUAUGGUAAUCCAUGUUAGGUCAUUUCUCACCGACACAUGAUUAGAAACUCUUGCAUGUGUUUCGUUAUCACUGUUUUGUCGGAUGUUGUAACAGUGGUGAAGCUGCUCUUCAAAGAACAUUGGAACAAAGGUGAAGAAAAACUGAAAGUUAGUUAUUUCAGGUGGCAUUUGCUGUCCAACAAUGAAUUUUUGUGAACUUUCUCAAGAAGCAUACUAACACAUUACAAUUUGAUUUGCAAUUUUGUCAUUAAAUACCAUUUAUUAUCUAUUUAAAUAAAUUAUUAGGGUAAAAUCUUGCUAACCACCACCCACAAGAAAUGUUAGAUUUGUCAUUGUGUGUGUGUGUGUGUGUGUGUUUUAAACAUUCUUUUUUCAUUGUUACUCAUGUUUGUGUAAUUUUAAAAAGUUGUUUUUAGUAGGUCACAAAUGUUUUUGACAUAACCCCAGGGCUGUGUCUAUAAACUGCAAGUAGAAGCACUACCACUGAUCUUUUGUGUGCGCUUAUGUUCUUUUGUCAGAAAAAGGUCAUUUAAGCACCCCUGUUAAACCCAGAAAUCUAUUAUAAACUUGUUUAUUUCCAAUUUCUUCUGUUUUAAUGCAGUCUGUUUCUUGUAGUGCUUGAAGUAAUUGGAGACAGAGGAAAAUUGAUGUUACAGCUGAAAGCCAUGUACAUACUACACAGGGUGUUUAAAACUGUAACUAAGUCUGAUACAGAAUGACAGUAUUGGGGAGAGGAUGCGGUGGGGGUUGAACCAAAUGUACAGGCUUUUUUUGGUGUAUCGUGACUUGCAUGUCAGAGUUGUCCCUAAGGACAAGAAGCCCCUUUCAUAAUGCUUUGAUAUUCUCCAACUAGUCUAGUCAAUAUUAAGAUUGAAAAUAAUUAGCCAUCAAUCCCAUUACUUUAAGUCCCUUUUAUAUUUUUUAAAUAUUGACAUGGCCAGAGAAAAGGCUGCUUUAUGGCAGUUUAGUAGCUCUGGAAGAACACCCCUUCCCCCAAAUUCUGUAGCGCUGUUAGGAUGGCUUUAUCUUGUUUAAAACUUGGGGAUAACUCUGCAUAUUAGCAAUUCAACUUCUUCUGUACAUUAUUUCAAGGAUUGAACCGAGCAUUACAUUUACUGUCUUUCCCAUGUUGAAUGGGGUUUCUUAUUUAAUCCUCUUAAGCAAUUGUUGCUGGCUGAUUGCCAUCUGCUCUAAAUCUGAAUAAAACCGCUGACUUUUUUUUGUGGGGGAGGGGUGAACCGUUUUUUUUUCUUGCAGCUGGCAGGACUGGUUUGAUAAAGGAUUUAAAUUUGAGGAUGUAAUAAUACAUAACUUGCAUUGCAAACAACAACUCCUACCUUCAGCACUACAAGAAAAAAAAAAACAACUAAACUGCUUCGUACACAAACCUUGCAGUAUCAGUUCUGGCUUUUUGUAUCCUUUGUGGUCUUUUCUCUAUCGUAACUCCUCACCCUGUUCUUUUGUAAUUGUGAUUUAUUUUCUUCUCUUCCAGCCAACCCCUCUUUUUUUUUUAAUAUAUUUAUGUGAUAUACCCUACCCCAUUUGACAGAAACAAACAAUAAAACGGUUGCAAAUGGUCAAGAUCACAAUUUGUUCAGACCACUGUAUUUUCCCCCUUAUUUGUAGUUAAAUAUCUAAGGAUAAGCAACUCUAGAGCUACUUUGGUUCCAUUGUUUCUAAUAGAUUUUCUUCCAGGGCAUUGCCCUGCUACUUUGGUUAAACAACCCCUUACGCUUAUGACUAAUUGGAGGCCCACAAAGCAUAAGAAGGUUAAUUCCAUAACAUCCACGAUAUGUGAAGUUGGACCCUAUUCCCCGUGGUUAAGUGCAUAUGCUAUACAACAAAUUAGCUGAUUUCUUGACCCAUAGUAGUAAGUUUUAACUUAGCACAUUGUAGUUUCAACUGUACUAAUUAAACUACUUAUUGCUACUCAUAUGUGCUUAUUAUACAAAUGAUUGUGUAAGACAACCCAGCAUGUGCUUGACAGAAGUAUUGUGCACCUAAGCUGUUAUACAAGUGCAUAAAACGUGUGUUGCUUUGGGAGCUUAGACACUGCGGGAGAGCCCUAGAAAAAAAAAAGCAGAAGUUCUUAUGAGAAAAAGUAAUAUAGAAAAUAAGAGCUCAAAGGAUUUGGAGAAUAAAUUCAUACAUGAAGUGUUACAAUACCUAAUUAAACUGGUCCACAGUAAGUGCAAUGCUCUGUGAAUACCUUAAGACUCAAGGUAACCAAUUCAGUGGAGAUAAUAUAUUUAGAUACCUUUUAUGAAAGUUCUCAACUUUUUUUUUCAGUGUGGUUAUUUAUAAGAGUGAACGUUUAUCUGCUAAGGCCUUAACCUGUAAAUGAACAGUAAUGUUGCAAAAGUUGGUCAACAUGCAGCUGCUACACGACAGUGAUCCUUAUGUACUAUAUUCUAUGUUCACCCUUUAAUUACCUACUGAGAUUUGCCAGAAUGCCUUACAAAAAGUUUUCUUUGUGUAAUCCGUUUAUUCAGAGUCAGGACAGCAUGGGUUCAGAAUAUUCAAAUCCUUUGAAGAAAUGCAAAGUAAAGCUAAAGUACAUGGUGUUCUUUCUUUCAAAAUUGCCCCUGAUUGCAUGAGGCAUAGUUUUGAUUAUGAAGUGGCAUGACCUAUAAUAAGGUAUUGAACACGGUGCCUCCUAGAGCAGGGUUAUAUUUUAACCCUUUAUUCUUAACAUUUCUUCUUUGAUCCUAGAGUUUGUAACACUAUUAUAUUUAACUUACUAUAUUAAACAUUUCUGCUGUGCUCCAGGAGUUUGCACAUCUUAGCCUGGUUCUGUAAUUUAACAAAGGUACAGUCAAAUCAAUGUAUGCAACUUUUGUACUUUCAAAAGUAUCCCUUUGAACAUUCCGUGGACAUUUUUUUUAAAUUAACACAUUUGAAUACAAGUUUACUGAAAUAGCAAGUAGGUUAGGUUUUCAGACAACUUUUAAAAAGCUGUCAUUUCUAUGGGAGAUCCCCCAUUUAUUGCACAUGUUUCCUAACAGGGAUUGCAUGAGGAUGAAAAACACUGUUGGUCCAAUGUUUCCACCUUUUGCACUUUGUAGUAUAUUUCAGUGUAACAGAUUACACAGUAAUGACCUUAACAUUAGCAAAGAAUGGAAGUCAAGACCUUGAGACCUUAGAGUUGUAUAUCUUGUAUUAUUUUAUUAAUAUUGUAAUCUAUUUUUGUGGCAGGUAUUGCAUCUAUUUUACUUACUGGAAGGUAAAUUGCUAAUUUCACGUAUUUUAACAAAAGCUGGAUUCCAUUCAAAUAUUAUCCCAACACUAGACAUUAGACCCCAAUGAUAUUGCUGCUGGUGUGUGAAAUCUGUCUGGAAUUUUCUAUUACUGUUGGGGUUUUUAGCAGAUAACCACAUGCUUGCUUUUCCCUGGUCUAAGGUCUAAGUUGUGUGCUCUUCAGUGGGUUCAGACAGAGCACACUGAUUUCAGUCACCAAAGCUUUGUCAGCCAUUGGGAAUUGGUUGUUCAAGGUGUCUCAUCAUUUGAAGUUCAGCGUUAGGGGUUCCCUCCAAAGCCAAUUGGCCGUUUGGUGUUCUUAUAAGUGGGGUUAGUCCCUAUGGUGGCGCAAUAUUAAAAAAACAAAAAAAAAAAAAAUUACUUUUGAUGCUUGAAUUGGAAUCAUAAAGUGGCUGACUAUGAGUUACAUCUAAAGGUCCUCGGUUUAAGGAUCUAUCUGAAACAAGUAGAUAAAAUAUGAGGGCAUGGAAACCUCUCUAACUCUGCUUCUGUUUUGUGUUGUAGCUUGACUUGAAAUAAUAUGGGAUUGUACUAUAUUUCCUAAUGCUGUUAGUGCAAAUAUUUGUCAGAUCAGAGCUUGAAAACAUAUUGGUAUGAAAGGCUUUUUCUUUAUUCCCACUUAAGUUACUUAUUUAACAAAAGAGGUUAGCAGUGUCAGAUUAAAAAAAAAAAAAAGUAGUUUAUUGAUUAACUGUCUUUUUUUCAUUAGCAAAUCAGCAGAAUUGACUGAGCUUUUCACUGCUGGUGCAAAAGUUUUCUCACAAAGCUUAAUUUCCAGGUUUUCCAGUAACCAUUCUCCCUUGCUGGUUAUUUUUAAUGCCUCGAGGUAGCUAAAGAUCUUUAAGGUCUCUCUUUACAUCACAAGCUGUAACUGGUCUUGACCAUCGCAGAUAGAAUUUCUGCGGUAUCUCGUUCUGCCCUGCAAUUUCAACUGUAUCAAGUGAACUCAGUUCAGCCAAAGCAAGUACUAGAUGGUGAUUGGAUGGACAUAUGAAUUUGAUGAAAAAAAAAAAAAAACUUUCAGCAUGGUCAAUACUGAAACAGUGUAAUGCAACCAUACCAAUGUUCUUGUUCUUGUUAUUGUUCACUAAAUGUUAUGAUGCAAACUGGCAAAGAUUUAUUUUUCAAAUGCAACCCUUAAAUAUGUUUUUCUUGUGCAUAAUGCACAGACAGGGUGAUCUUUAUUGUUUGUUGUGACUGUGAAUCUGUUUUUAUAAUUGGUGUUUGUGUGUGUGUGUGUGUGU